AUGAAGAAAUUUAAUUUCCGAAAGGUGUUGGACGGUUUGACAGCAGCGUCUUCCCCGGCUCAUUCUGGCGGCGGGCUCGGAUCUGGGACAGGCGCCGGUGGCGGUAGCAGUGCUGGCGCUGUCAGCGGAGGCAGUGGCGCUGCCAGCGGCGGCGGUGGCGGCGGUGCCAUGGGAGGAGGGAGAGGAGGAGCUGGGGACUCGGAGAUACCGGAGACACUCACAUCCGAACACUUUCAGAUCUGUAAGACUGUACGUCAUGGCUUCCCCUGUCAACCUUCUGCCUUAGCUUUUGAUCCAGUGCAAAAAAUCCUGGCUAUUGGAUGCCGUACAGGGGCACUACGAAUUUUAGGUCGUCCUGGGGUUGAUUGUUACUGUCAACAUGAAAGUGGGGCAGCUGUGCUGCAGCUUCAGUUCCUAAUCAAUGAGGGAGCUUUAGUAAGUGCUUGCGCAGAUGACACACUUCAUUUAUGGAACCUCCGCCAAAAGCGUCCAGCAAUCCUUCAUUCACUGAAAUUCAAUCGAGAGCGGAUUACCUUCUGCCAUCUCCCUUUCCAGAGUAAGUGGUUGUAUGUGGGCACAGAGCGAGGAAAUACAUACGUUGUGAAUAUCGAGUCAUUUGUCCUAUCGGGAUAUGUCAUAAUGUGGAAUAAAGCAAUAGAACUGUCUACAAAAACUCACCCUGGCCCUGUUGUUCAUUUAAGUGACAGUCCAAGGGACGAGGGGAAACUGCUCAUGGGAUUUGAAAGUGGAACAGUUGUGCUGUGGGACAUAAGGUCAAAGAGAGCAGAUUUCAGAUUUUAUUAUGAUGAGGCCAUCCAUUCUGUCAGCUGGCAUCAUGAAGGGAGGCAAUUCAUGUGUAGCCAUUCAGAUGGUAGUUUAACCCUUUGGAACUUGAAAAACCCAAGCAAACCUUUUCAGAUCAUAGUACCACAUGGAAAAGUCCAACGGGAUGGAAAAAAGCCUGAACCAUGUAAACCAAUCCUAAAAGUAGAUCAUAAGACGUGUAGAUAUAGUGAACCAUUUAUCAUAUUUUCUGGAGGACUUUCCUAUGAUAAAGGGUGCAGAAGACCAAGCCUGACAAUUAUGCAUGGCAAAUCUAUUACAGUGCUGGAAAUGGAUUAUCCAAUAGUGGACUUCCUAGCUCUUUGUGAAACACCGUAUCCAAAUGAAUUUCAAGAACCUUAUGCAGUUGUUGUGCUACUUGAAAAAGAUUUGAUUGUUGUCGAUCUGACGCAAAGCAAUUUUCCAAUCUUUGAAAAUCCAUAUUCAAUGGAUCUGCAUGAGUCUCCAGUGACUUGCUCUGCAUAUUUUGCCGAUUGUCCUCCUGAUUUGAUACCUGCACUUUAUUCUGUCGGAGCGAAACAACAAAAAAAACAGGGAUAUAGCACAAAGGAAUGGCCAAUUGCUGGUGGCACAUGGAAUUUGGGUGCACAAACGUACCCUGAAGUCAUCAUAACUGGGCAUGCAGAUGGCUCAUUGAAAUUUUGGGAUGCUUCUGCCAUUACUCUUCAAGUAUUAUACAAGCUGAAAACCUCCAAAGUAUUUGAAAAGCAGAAAGUGAAAGAUGCAAAGCAGAUUGCAGAGAUUGUAGAAGAGGAUCCAUAUGCUAUACAAAUGAUCAGUUGGUGUCCAGAGAGCAGAAUGUUCUGUGUCGCAGGCAUUUCAGCACAUGUGAUUGUUUACCGAUUCAGCAAACAUGAAAUUACUGUUGAGUUAGUGGCUCUGGAACUACGAUUACAGUAUGAUGUUGAAGAUAUUGUUACCCCUGAACCUGAGUCUGUACAGCCAAUCACUGAUACUUCUUCACAACUUUCCUUUUCAAAGACUUCUGCAUUAUCUGGUAGUGCAAAUGCAUUAACAUCAGAAGGAUUAAAGGACAACAUCCCAUGUCUCAAGGUCAAAACCCGACCUGUCAGAAUGGCUCCAGGGUACCAAGCUGAUCUUGUCAUUCAGAUGGUCUGGGUCGAUGGAGAACCACCUCAACAAAUCACCAGCUUAGCAGUGAGCUCUGCCUAUGGCCUUGUGGCAUUUGGAAAUUGUAAUGGUUUGGCAAUUGUGGACUUUAUGCAAAAGACCACUCUACUCAGCAUGGGAACUAUUGAACUUUAUGGUACAAAUGACCCAUUUCAACGGCAUCUUAGAUCACCUCGAAAAAGCAAACAGCUCAAUGCAGAAAGUCUUUGCAUGCGUGGCCUCUCUAGUUUUUACUCACUGAAACGGCUCCGUGCAUCUUAUCAGAGUUUGACUGAACUUCUCGAUAACCCUGUAUCACUGGAGAUUGAACGCUGCAAAUCUCCCACUUCAGAUCACGUCAAUGGAGUUUGCACAAGUCCUAUUUCCCAACCGUGCAAUACCGGGAAGCGUCUUUCCAUUGCUGAUACUUCAAAGCUGAAUCGUCGAGGGCCAGGCCGACCACCAUUUCGAAAAGCACAAUCAGCAGCCUGCAUGGAAAUCUCAUUACCUGUCACCCACACAGAAGAAAGUAAAGAAAAUUCUUUUAACCGGUCCCGAAGUUCCAGUGUCUCCAGCAUUGACAAAGAAUCAAAGGAGGCUAUAACUGCUCUGUAUUUUAUGGAGUCCUUCAGCCGAAAGAUGGACUCGACCCUUUCACCUUGUCUAUGGGUUGGUACCAGUUUGGGUACAGUGCUCGUCAUCUCCUUGAAUUUACCUCCAGAGGAACAAAGAUAUUCGGAACCACUUAUGGUCUCUCCCAGUGGAACAGUGUUAAUGUUGAAAGGAGCUCUACUAACAUUUUCCUUCUUGGACUCUCUGGGUAGUCUAAUACACCCUCCGUACGAAGUGUGGAGGGAUCCAAACAAUGAAGAUAAAGAUGAUAAAGGACGGAAAAGGAAACUUGUGACAUUUUCACCACCUUCCUCUCAGGAGAUGGGGGAUCACCAGUAUGUAGUGCUCUGCUCAGAGAAACAGGCUAAAGUCUAUUCCCUCCCUUCUCAAAGCUGUCUCUACGUACACAAUAUUACUGAAACAUCUUUUGUAUUACGAGCAGAUGUCGUAACUUUGUGCAACAGCAUCUGCCUGGCCUGCUUCUGUGCUAAUGGACAUAUUAUGACUCUAAGCUUGCCAAGUCUUCGCCCAUUGUUGGAUGUAAACUAUUUGCCUUUAACUGAUAUGAGAAUAGCACGAACUUUCUGUUUUACAAAUGGUGGACAAGCUCUGUAUCUAAGCUCCCCCACUGAAAUCCAGCGAAUUACCUACAGCCAAGAUAUGUGUGAAAACCUUCAGGAAAUGCUUGGAGAUUUGUUUACCCCGAUUGAAACUCCAGAAGCCCAAAACAGAGGCUUCUUAAAGGGGCUGUUUGGUGGAAGUGGACAAACAUUUGACAGAGAAGAGUUAUUUGGUGAAGCUUCAGCAGGCAAGGCAUCUCGGACUCUUGCCCAACAUAUCCCUGGACCUGGUGGAAUUGAGGGAGUUAAGGGUGCAGCAUCCGGAGUUGUUGGAGAUCUAGCCCGUGCUCGGAUUGCUUUGGAUGAACGUGGACAGAGACUGGGUGAACUGGAAGACCGAACUGCAGCCAUGAUGGCGAGUGCAGAGACAUUCUCUAAACAUGCACAUGAGGUAAAAACACUUACUUAA